AUGGCGGUCACGCGUUUCGCCGCGUUCUGGGUAGCCGUUUUUGCGUUUGUUGCGGCGCACGACCCAGGUGCUUGCCACGGUUUUAUGACUUGUGCUGACGCGCGGGUGCUGAGCGGCCUCCUGGGCUUCAUUCUACGGAGGCGCAAGCAGGAGGAGACAGGGGGCGGCGAUGCAGCCGAGGAGAAAGAAGACGCAGAAAACUCGCAAGAGGAAGCCGACCAGAAGGAGAUUCCUGAUGAAGAGGAGACAGCGACGACCACCACCGCUGCACCCCCAGCCCCGCCAUCUCCGAAGACGAUUUUGCUUUGGGAAGAAGAGCCCGAUACCAUGUCUGUGCCUCACACUCCGCUUCCUCCACUCCGAGGGAUGGGUCUCAUGUUGAUGGCCGUCAUGCUCUCUCUCGCUUUCGACCUGAAGAACUUCCCGUUGUUCGUCGGUAGCUUCGGGAUCAUGCAGUACGCAGACUCGAUUAUCGAGCGCAUGCGCGCUCGGUCUGCUGCCGUCGACUCCGCGAAACGCUUUGAACAACGCCGAGAAAUGAUGCGAGCGAGGCGAAGAAGACGCUGGCUCCAAGCUUUUUACUCGCGUCAAGCCCUUGACUAUGCGCAGCAGCAGGACGCUCGCGAGCUUGACGAACUCCAAAAGGGAGAAAACGCGCCAGAGGCAGUCAAGGGCGAUGGCGGAGAUGCCGUCCAGGUCGUGAGCGACCUCCAAGGCGGCAGGCCUAUCCCGAUCUCCGAAGUCGCGCCCGAACCGCCGGGAGAGCUAGACAAAUCCUGA